AUGCACUUCAAGUCUCUUGCCUUGGUGGCUGGUGCCGCUAUUGCGGCCGCUGAUAGCACCGUCACGCUUUUCCUGCCUGGAUUUGAUGCGCAGUCAAUUGACGCCAAAAUCCUUGGUUCGAGCAGCACAAUGACCACCUACCUGCUGAAUUGCCCGCCCGGCGCAGAUCCGAAUAACUGCGGUCUCCCAGACGUUGGAUACAGGGUUACGGCCGGUGGCUCCACCGUACUCUAUACCAUGAGCUAUGAGGAAGAGACUAUCUCGCAAAGUUGCAAGUUGGAGGGAACAACCUCCGCCUUCUGUUGGGGAGCAAUCACCUCCGGCACGGUGACCUCAACUGACAGUACUUCAUUUGGUAUCGCGACGAUCCCCUACGGCGGAUUCCAAGCUGUUCAUGUCACGGCGACUCAGACCGGUGAUGCCUCUGCUUCGACUGGUGCCUCGGCUUCUGCUCCUACGGCUACUAUGACGAAGACCACCGCUAGCAUUGGCUCUACCACCACGGCAACCAGCACUGGAACCGCUUCGCAGACUGGCAGUACCGGUACCUCUACCGCGAGUACGAGUGCUUCGCACUCUUCUAACGCGGCUAUGCCCAUGAUGACUGGAAACGCUCUGUGGGUUGCUGGCGGUGCGGCCGCUGCUCUGGCUCUGGUCGCUGUUUAA